CUGCUAAUGGUUGGUCAAUGACAAUCGCGGAUGGAGUGAGGGCUGAGGAAGGAGGCUCCGCUGUCUUACCCUGCAGCUUCACCCACCCUGACGCUCACCUCACACUUACCGGCUCCAUCUUAUGGCACAAGGCGGAAACACAGGCUUUAAUCUUUAAGUGUACAUAUCCUGGUCCAGACCAUUCCCAGGGUGAGCUGUGUGAGAAUGUGAGACAGCGGGAUGGUAGGAAUCGAUUCAGAUUCGUGGGGAACCUCAGCAACAAAGAUGCCUCAAUAAUGAUGGAGGGACUGAACCAGGAGGAUGCUGGUUCCUAUCGGUGUCGUGUGGAGCUCAAUAUUAACAAUUUUGGAUCUGGAAAAGGAACACGCCUGGAAGUGGAAGUGAACAGGACUGAGCCCACCACUGUAUAUCUGCCAGUCAUUCCAACACUUCUCAUCCUGCCCAUCUGCUUCAUAAUCUUCAUCAACUUCAGCAACAAAGGAGGGUGUUCACAGCAAAUCAAGAGAACGACACCUUUGAAAAGGAAUGAUCCAGGGUCAUCCAGCAUUCCUGAGCCUCAUCAGGCCCAGCAGCCGUUGGCCUCAGGUACUGGCUGUACUCGAACUGACCAAUCACCAUCCAUUUCAGACACUGUAACAUCGAGUGUGUGAAGCAUCAACACAGUGGACAGACAUGCAGUGACAGAGUACCAUCCUCACUGUACAGCCUGACCACUUUGGACUAACUCUCUUCCCAUUCCGUGUGACCCAGUGAAAAGCAGCAUGUUUCCCAUUGAGAGCAUCACUACUUUUCUUUUGGUUUCUUCACUUUUGGUUUGGAACUGUGAUUUUAAAGUUGAGAAUUAAAGUUUGAAAAAUAGGUUGUUUGACAAAAGAUGAGAGAAGAAAAGGGAAACAUUGCUGUUGGAAUAUGGUCUGGAAAACUAACGCAGGUUAAUUCAAGGUCAUUGUCAUUGUCAUCGGUGAUUACUCACUCAUGAGUGUUAUCAUCUACUGAGGAAAUUUGUACCCCUUUUCAUAGGUUCUGUGGGUCUUUGUGUGAAUCCUGGAGCCACAUCUCCAACCACAUAUUUGUUGUGUGUUUCUUAGAUGUGGAACAAAGAACAAAGAAAAUUACAACACAGGAACAGGCCCUUCAGCCCUCCAAGCCUGUACUGCUCCAGAUCCUUUGUCUAAACCCGUCACCUAUUUUCUAAGGAUCUGUACCCCUCUGCUCUCGCCCAUUCAUGUCUCUGUCUCGAUACAUCUUAAAUGUAUCAUGCCCACCUCUACCACCUCCGCUGGCAACCCGUUCCAGGCACUCACCACCAAUCUGCGUAAAGAACCUUCCACACAUAUCUCCCUUAAUCUUAGAACAUAGAGCAUCGAACAGUACAGCACAGAACAGGCCCUGCAGCCCUCAAUGUUGUGCUGACCUGUAAAAUAUUCUAAGCCCGUCUGCCUACACUAUCACAUCAUUAUCCAUGUGCUUAUCCAAGGAUUGUUUAAAUCUCCCUAAUGUGGCUGAGUUAACUACAUUAGCAGGUUGGGCAUUCCACACCCUUAUCACUCUGAGUAAAGAACCUGCCUCUAAAAUCUGUCUUAAAUAUAUCACCCCUCAAUUUGUAGUUAUGCCCCCUCGUACAAGCUGAUAUCAUUAUCUGAGGAAAAAGGCGCUCACUUUCUACUCUAUCUCAUCCUCUGAUCAUCUUGUAUGUCUCUAUCAAAUCCCCUCUUAGCCUUCUUCUUUCCAAUGAGAACAGACUGAAGUCUCUCAGCCUUUCCUCAUAAGACCUUCCCUCCAGACCAGGCAACAUCCUGGUAAAUUUCCUCUGCUUCUUUUCCAAUGCUUCCACAUCCUUCCUGUAAUGGGGCGACCAGAACUGUACACAAUAUUCCGAGUGCAGCCACACUAGCAUUUUGUACAGUUGCAGAAUGACAUUGCAGCUCCAGAACUCAAUCCCUCUACCAAUGAAACCUAACACACGGAAUGCCUUCUUAACAGCACAAUCAACCUGGGUGGCAACUUUCAGCGAUCUAUGUACAUGGACUCCAAGAUCCCUCUGCACAUCCACACUACCAAGAAUCUUUCCAUUGACCCAUUACUCUGCCUUCCAGUUAUUCUUUCCAAUGUGAACCACCUCAUAUUUUGCUGCAGUGAACCCCAUUUGUCACCUCUCAGCCCAGUUCUGCAGUUUAUCCAAGUCCCCCUGCAACCUGUAGCAUUCUUCCACACUGUUCACCACUCCACCAAUUCAGUGUCAUCUGUAAACUUACUAACCCGUCCACCUAUGCCUGCGUCUGAGUCAUUUACAAAAAUGACUUCCAAUUAACCCUGUUGGACUAUAACCUGGUGUUGUGUGAUAUUUAACUUUGUACACCCCAGUCCAACACCGGCAUCUCCAAAUUAUAAAAAUGACAAACAGCAGUGGUCCCAAAACAGAUCGUUGUGGCACACCACGAGUAACUGGACUCCAGGCUAAAUAUUUUCCAUCAACCAUCACUCAUUGCCUCCUUUCAGAAAGCCAGUUUCUAAUUCAAACUGCUAAAUCACCCUCAAUCCCAUGCCUCUGCAUUUUCUCCAACAGACUACCAUGUGGAACCUUAUCAAAGGCUUUACUGAAGUCCAUGUACACCACGUCAACUGCCCUACCCUCACCUACAUGCUUGGUCACCAUCUCAAAACAUUCAAUGAGGUUUGUGAGACAUGACCUGCCCUUGGCGAAACCAUGUUGAAUAUCUGCAAUCAAAUUAUUGCUAGCUAGAUGAUGAUAAAUCUUAUCUCUUAUAAUCUUUUCCAAAACCUUUCCUACAACAGAAGUCAGACUCACUGGUCUAUAAUUACCUGGUCAUCCCUCCUGCCCUCCUUGAUCAAGGGCACAACAUUUGCAAUCCUCCAGUCCUCUGGUUCUAAACCUGUAGACAGUGAUGACUCAAAUAUCAAAGCCAAAGCUUCUGCUAUCUCCUCCAUAACUUCCCAGAGAAUCCUUGGAUAAAUCCCAUCCAGCCCAGGGGAACUUGUCUACUUUCACACUUUCUAGAAUUGAUCUUGUAUCUCUUUCAUCUCCUCUACAAUGUUCUCCUUAUCCUGAGUGAAAACCGAUGAGAAAUGUUCAUUUAGCACAUCUCUGAUCUCCACAGGGUCCACACUCAACUUCCCACUUCUGUCUUUGACUGGCCCUAUUCCUACCUUAGUCAUCCUUUUAUUCCUCACACAUCUCUAGAAAGAUUUAGGGUUUUCCUUUAUUCUACCUGCUAAAAACUGAUCAUGUCCUCUCUUUGCUCUUCUUAACUCUCUUUAAAUCUUUCCUAGCUAAUCUGUAUCUCUCCAUCACUUCAUCUGAACCAUCUUGUCUCAUCAACAUAUAAGCCUCCUUUUUGCAAUUAACAAGAGAUGCAAUUUCUGUAGUAAACCACGGUUCCCUUACCUUACAACUUCCUCCCUGCCUGACAGGGACAUACCUAUCAAGGACACGCAAUAUCUGAUCAUUAAACCAGCUCCACAUUUCUAUUGUCCCCAUCCCCUGCAUUUUGAUAACCCAUUCUCUGCAUCCGAAUUCUUGACUAAUUGUGUUCUUCUUGCCCUUGCCCCAUCGAUAAACCUUGACUUGUGGCAUGUACCUAUCGCUUUCCAUCGUUAAACUAAACAUAACUGAAUUAUGGUCACUCUCUCCAAAGUGCUCACUUACAACUAAAUCAAACACCUGGCCUGGUUCAUUACCAUGCACCAGAUCCAGUGUGGCCUCCCCUCUUGUCGGCCCCUCGACAUACUGUGUCAAGAAACCCUUCUGUACACAUUGGUCAAAAACUGAUCCAACCGAAGUACUAGAGUUAUAGCAUUUCCAGUCAAUGUUGGGGAAAUUAAAGUCCCUCUUAAUGAUCACCCUAUUCCUUUCACUCCUACCCAGAAUCGUUUUGCCAAUCCUCUCCUCCACUUCCCUGGAGCUCUGCAGAGACCUAUAAAAAAAAACUCCCAGCAGUGUGACCUCUCCUCUCCUGCUUCUAACCUUAGCCAAUACUACCUCAGGAGUAGUAUGGUGUCAAAAGUUCUUUCAGCCACCAUUAUACUUUCCUUGAUGAACAAGGCUACACCUCCCUCUCUUUUACCGCCUUGCCUGUUCUUAAUGAAUGAUCUGAAUUCUGAAAACCUGCAACAUCCAUUCCUCACCCUGGUCUAUCCAUGUAUCCAAAAUGGCCACAACAUCGAAAUCCCAGGUACCCAUCCGUACUGCAAGCUCACCUACCGUAUUCCGGAUACUCCUGGCAUUGAAGUAGACACACUUCAAACCAGCUUGCUGUCUGCCAGCACACUCCUGUGACCGUGUAAUCCUGCCCGUGUCCUCCCCACUCUCAUCCUCCUGUCUACUGGAACUACACUUCAGGUUCCCAUCCCUCUCUUUAAACCCACCCAAUCAGCACCAGCAAAUUUUCCACCCAGGAUAUUAGUACCCCUCUGGUUCAAGUGAAGACCGUCCUGUUUGUGCAAGUUGCACCUUCCCCAGAAUGAGCCCCAAUUAUCCAAGUACCUGAAACCCUCCCUCCUACACCAUCUCUGUUCCCCUGAUAUCUCUCCAUAUUCCUUGCCUUGCUAUCAUGUGGCACAGGUAACAAACCAGAGAUAACAAAUCUGUUUGUUCUAGAUCUCAGCUUCCACCCUAGCUCCCUGAAAUCCUGCCUUACAUCCCUAUCCCUCUUUCUACCUAUGUUGUUGGUCCCUACAUAGACCACGACUUGCGGCUGGUCACUCUCUCCCUUCAGGACCCCAAAGAUACGAUCUGAUACAUCAUAGACCCUGGCACCUGGGAGGAACACACCAACUGUGAGUCUCAUCAAUUCCCAACAAAAAGACUUUUCCCCUGUCACUUUGAACUCAUGACGCCUCGUAACUGAGACCCCACUCCGGGAAAAAGCUUCUUGCUAUCCACCCUGUCUAUACCUCUCAUGAUUUUGUAGACUCAAUCAGGUGCCCCUCAACCUCUGUCUUCCUAAUGAAAAUAAUCCUAAUCUGCUCAACCUCUUUUCAUAGCUAGCACCCCAUUAUACCAGACAAUAUCCUGGUGAACCUCGUUUGCUCCCUCUCCAAAGCAUCCACAUCCUUUUGGUUACAUGGCGACCAGAUGGGUACAUAACAUUCCAAACAUGGCCGAACCGAAAUCUUAUACAACCAUAACCUGACCUACCAACUCCUGUACUCAAUACCCAGCCUGAUAAAGGAAACCAUGCUGUAUACCUUCUCGAGCAAUCUAUCGAACUGCAUUGUAACCUUCAGGGGACAAUGGAUCUGAACACCCAGAUCUCUCUGUGCAUUAAUUUUCAGCAGGGCUUGUCCAUUUACCAUAAUGUUUGCUCUUGAAUUGGAUCUUCUAAAAUGCAUCACCUCGCAUUUACCUGGAUUAAACUCCAUCUGCCAUUUCUCUGCUCAACUCUCCAAUUUAUCUAUAUUCUGCUGAAUUCUCUGACUGUCCCCUUCACUAUCUGCUACUCCACCAAUCUUAGUGUCACCUGCAAACUUGGAAUGAGCUGACAGCGGAAGUCGUUGAGGUGGAUAGAUUAUCAACAUUUAAAAGGCAUUUGGGUAAAUACGUGUCCAGGAAAGGAUUAGAAGGAUAUGGGUCAAGUGCAGAGAAAUGGGGUUAGUGUGGACAGACAUUUUGGUGGGCAUGGACCAUUUGGGGCAAAGGGCCUGUCUCUGUGCUGUAGGACUCCAUGACUCUAUAGCUCUAUCUGCAGAAGCGAUCUGUAUUGACCAGUGACUUUGGAAUUCAAGCAAGAGGUACAUCCAAUGUACCUGGAAGAGAACUCAUCAUCCAAGGAUUUCAUAAAGGCCUGACGUUUAUCAGUAAAAUGGUCAUCAAACUGGAAAAUCACAAUUCUUUUAUUUUUCUCAUUUAUCUUAACUCUGCAUGUGUGUGUAUGUCUGCACACAUAUUUGUGAGAGAUGUCUGAUUGGAUGUUUAUAAUCAAUGAAGAUUGGGCUUAGGUGGUCGAUAUUAAUUAGAUUGCCUUAUAGUUUUGGAUAUUGGUUUGCUCAGAUAACAAAUCUACAUCCAGAACCUUAACCUGAACUACAAAUUGACUCAAAACAUGCUAUUGCCUUAUAGUUUAUCUGUGCUCAGUUUUGUUCUUCAGAAUGAAUUGUUAAUUUUUGUUAAAAUUGUAGACUUGGUGUCCAAGAUGUGUUCUUUGUCAUGUCUCAGUCAGAAUCAUUCAGUCAUUUUGAGGAUCAUUGAAUGUUUUCUUUUCAUUGUGUUGUGUAUCCAGUGAUAGUGAGGUGGGUUUGGUUUGGCUUCUAUCCCUGUUUCAUAACAUUCCAGAAAGGGAUCUGAUUGGUUUCUUUAGAUUAUUAUCUGAGCAAUGAAGAUUAAAACUCCUUUCCUCGGUCACUGGCUCUAGAUGGAUUCUUGAACAAUAACCAUUUCUGAUUUUCUGAAUCGUCAGGCCCGUUCCUUGCUGUUUCGAACUGUUUAUGGCCGGUCUGUAUGGAUCAAGGAAAAGAGUCCAAUCACACAUCCCAAAUGACUCCCAUAGCUGGGCUGUUGAGGGGGCUCUGAAGAUCAGGUUUAUGCUCUGUUGAAAUGGGGUUCAAUUCUCACCACGGCAACUUGUGGAAUUUAAUUAAUAAAUCUGGAAUUGAAGCCUUGUUCUUCCUGAUGGUGGCCAUCUGAAUUAUCAUCAUAUGUUGCUCAAAAAAAACCCUGUUUCACUAAUGUCCUUCAGGGAAACAAAUCCACCAUCUUUCCCCCAUCUGCCCUCCAGGUAACUUCUGAUCCCACUUCAAACUUCAGUGUGACCUUUUCGGACAGAUUGAAUGCAAUGUGUCUGACUCUGUCCUUGUCUCUGAAAUGGCCAAGCAAGCCUCACAGUUCAAGGACAGUUAGGGAUGGGGAACAAAUACUGGCCUUGCCAGCGAGACCCACAUGCCUUGAACGAAUUUUAAAAAUCUACCUAAUCUGUUUUCACUCUCUGCUCAGUCCCUGCACCCUCUAACACCUGGCCCUGCCUCACUUCACUCUCUCUACCCUUAUUUCCCUUUGACCCUCCCCUAGCAACCAAUAUCCCACUUGCUCCAAUCUCAUCUCUGCAAGUGUAGGAGGUCUGCUUUGUUGAUGUUACCUUUGCCAAGUGUGUGCUUAUGCGAUGCUGCUGUAUUGGAGCAGUUGAUGAGCAGUUGUUAAAUAAUAUAUUAUUUUGUUAAGUAUUUUAUUAAAGGUAAAGU